GGCAUUGCGGCUCUGGAAGGGAGGACCAUGGAGAUCCUCAGCAUUCAGCAGUUGGUAAGUGAGGAACGGCCCGAAGAGAAAGUCGGCUGUUUUGCAGCGAGGGCGAGAGGCGCAGCCUGGGAGGCUGAACGGUGGCGUUCAGGUCCAGCUGCGCCCUGGUGGGAAUCGGUGGAAAGAGAGAAGCAGAAAGCGGAAGACGAGAAGAAGAAAAAGCUUGAGGCCCUCAAUCACGCCAGGUUGAAGAUUGACACCUUGGAUGACUUGGCGGCCAUUGUCAAGCGUCACAAGCAGAAGAAGAAAUGUAAGAAAGUGGUCCUCCCCAAACCGCAGGAGCCAGAAAUUAUUAUAGAAUCGGUGGAGCCAGGGCAGUUUCUUGAUGCCGCAUUGGACAACCAGAUUCUUGUUGUCAACAAAUAUCUAGCGGAUGGCGGAGACCCCAAUACUCAUGACAAGUUCCAGUGCACAGCCUUGCACCGAGCCUGUUUGCGGGGCCACAAACAGAUCGUGGACAAGCUGCUGGAAGCAGGCGCCAAGCUGGAGCCAAGAGACAUGCUGGAAGCAACGCCCUUGUUCUGGGCUUGCCGUGGGGGACAUCUGGACAUCCUCAAGGGGCUGAUCAGCCGUGGAGCCAAAAUUUCCACCCGGGACAAGCUAUGGAGCACCCCCUUGCACGUGGCUGUCCGGACUGGCCACUGUGACUGCGCUGAACACCUCAUUGCCUGUGGAGCAAAGAUCAAUGCCCAAGAUAAGGAAGGAGAUACGCCCAUUCACGAUGCAGUCAGGCUAGGACGAUUCAAGGCGGUCAAGACCCUGCUGAUGUAUGGAGCAAAACUUAGCAUCCAGAAUGAGGCGACGGUCACCCCAGUAGACCUGGUGAAGGACUGGCAGACAGGGAUCCGGGAGACGCUGCAAGUGUGCGCCAACCGGCAGCAAGGCCUAGCCAGGAGCUGCUGAGCGUAUAAGAAGCGCUGAGUAGCCAGGAG